AUGGACUCAGUAGCUGAUACUGAAGGCAUUCCUAUUGCAGGCGACGAAAAUUUUGAUUUAGAAAAUAGUCAAAUUGAGGAAUCCUAUGUACCUAAUCAGCCACCAGACGAUACAGAAGUUAUUAUUGCGCAUGGUGAUUCAAGUAACACUUCCCGGUCAGCCAGUACUGAUAGGUAUAUAAAUGAGGACUUAGUUCCCAACAUCUUCAAGAAAAGUGCUAUAAAAAACGACAAUUUGAAAAAGUUAGUCCAAAUUGAAGAAAAAAAAUUGGCUAUACUAGAAGAAAAACGAGCAAGUAGGUCUGCAGCUAUCGAAAAACCCGAUGAAGAUAUGCAAUUUUUGAAAUCCUUCUUCCCCACAUAA